AUGCUGCCGCAGCGUGUUAACCGAGCGUGUCAUGUGCUUUUGCUGGUGUUGUGUCUGUCUGCAGCUGAGGACUUCGACUGGACCACAAACAACCAUGACUCCUUCUAUUAUGGCACUUUUCCAAGUGGAUUUUCGUGGGGGGCCGGCAGUUCAGCCUAUCAAACAGAAGGAGCCUGGGACAAAGAUGGGAAAGGACUAAGCAUCUGGGAUGUGUUCACUCAUAAGAAGGGAAAGAUAUUCUUUAAUGAUACCGGAGACUCUUCAUGUGAUGGAUACUACAAAGUUAAGGAUGAUGUCUCGUUGAUGAAAGAGCUGAACUUGAAACACUAUCAGUUCUCAAUAUCCUGGCCCAGGAUUAUCCCAACUGGCAUCAGGUCUGACCAUGUGAAUGAGAAAGGAGUGAAGUUCUAUAAUGUUCUUAUUGACGAGCUUCUGGAAAACAACAUCACCCCUAUAGUGACCAUGUAUCAUUGGGACCUGCCACAGGUCUUGCAGGAAAAAUAUGGAGGAUGGCAGAAUAUCAGCAUGGUUAAUUAUUUCAACGACUUUGCCAACCUUUGCUUUGAGCGAUUCGGGGACCGUGUGAAAUACUGGAUUACCUUCAAUAACCCAUGGUCAGUGGCGGUGGAAGGAUAUGAGACUGGAGAACACGCUCCAGGACUGAAGCUCAGGGGCACUGGAGCCUACAGGUCCGCUCACCACAUCAUCAAGGCACAUUCUAAGGUGUGGCACACUUACAAUUCUAACUGGCGAAGCAAACAAAGAGGUAUGGUGGGAAUUUCACUGUCUGGGGAAUGGGGAGAACCUGUGGACAUCACAAACCAGAAGGACAUUGAGGCUGCUGAGAGAUAUGUUCAGUUUUACAUGGGUUGGUUUGCAACACCAAUCUUCCAUGGAGACUAUCCUCAAGUGAUGAAAGAUUUCAUAGGGAGGAAAAGUGCACAGCAGGGCAUGGGAACAUCUCGUCUCCCCACAUUUUCCUCUCAGGAGAAGAGUUACAUCAAAGGCACCUGUGACUUCCUAGGAGUUAGCCACUUCACAACUCGUUACAUCACUCAGAAAAACUUCCCUUCCACCCGCGGCAGCACCUACUUUACAGAUCGGGACGUAGCAGAGCUGGUUGACCCACGCUGGCCUGAUCCUGGUUCAGAGUGGCUUUAUUCUGUUCCUUGGGGCUUCCGCAGACUGCUUAACUUUGUAAAGACUCAGUAUGGCAACCCGAUGAUCUUCAUCACUGAAAAUGGGGUAUCAGAGAAGACGAAGUGCACAGAGCUGUGUGAUGAUUGGAGGAUACAAUAUUACAAGGAUUACAUCAAUGAGAUGCUCAAAGCUAUCAGGGAUGGAGUGAAUGUGAAGGGGUACACUGCCUGGUCUCUGCUGGACAAGUUUGAAUGGGAUGAAGGCUAUUCAGAGAGGUUUGGCUUGUACUAUGUGGACUUCAAGAACAAAAACAAACCUCGGUACCCCAAGGCCUCUGUUCAGUUUUAUAAACGCAUCAUAAGUUCUAAUGGAUUUCCCCAUCAGCGAGAGGUCGAGAACUGGAAGAGAAAAGCUACAGAGACUUGUUCCACCAGCAAUCAUCUCCUGGCUGCAGAGGAACAGCGGAAUACAGCUGCCAAUAUUCUAAAACUUAUUCAUGAUCCUUUAACUAGCCACAUGGAGAUGGUGACGGAGAUUGUGGUUCCCACAGUGUGCACUCUCUGUAUUCUGAUCAGCGCUAUUUUUCUCAUGUUCCUGCUGCGCAAGCGCAAUUAGAACACUAUGUUUAAUUUGUUUAAAAAAGAGGGUAUGCUACUAUUCUAAAAUUAAAAUUUAAGUCAUUCAAAUUUGGAAAAUAAUCCACUUAAGUUUGGCUGAAUUUAUACCCUACCGACAGCCAAUAUA